CAGUACUUCCCAAGACUGCCUUGCCAUUAAACUGGCUCUUCCGGUAUCUUCACGAUCYCACUCAGCUCAGCUGUCAUUCUUAUUUGCAAACAAAGAUCCCGUGCUCGGAUGUUUGCAGCUCCGCCGCCCGUCCACCCCGUUUGUCACUUGAAUCGUGCCGUCAUCGGUUAAAAUGGGAGAAAACGGCGACACCGAGAUCAUAGAGCACCACGUUGACGAGGAGAUGGAGAAAAAGAGGAUAUUAAGAAGCCAUGGCUCUUCGUUCAUGGAGAGUGUUACACCGUCGGAGAGGGAUGGACACAGUAGUACGCAGUCUUCCCACAGGCUACUGGCRUACAGYGAUGCGCUCAUCUCAAUCAUAGCCACUGUUAUGAUAUUACCUGUUGCACAUACAAAGGUCCAAGAUAACGAGGAAUUGAAGGAGAGUCUGCAGGUUCUGCUCACCACCAAGAUAGCUGUGUACCUGAUGACCUUCCUCAUAGUGACCGUAGCAUGGGCUGCUCAUAUCAGUCCUAUGUGAUCCUAGCCAUCGUAAUCUUCCUGCCUUACAUCUCCCAGUCUCUAAAAUGGUGCCGCAGCAAAGCUAUCGGCCAGGUGGAGGAGACUCCAGAUUCCAUGAUGUUUUAUACGUACCAUCCAAACGAACCCCUCAGCAAGGAGAGGGUGGAGGCCUUCAGCGAUGGCGUGUUCGCCAUCGUAGCUACUCUACUCAUCUUAGACAUAUGUGAGGACAAUGUACCCGACCCAGUGAUGGUCCAGAAACAGUAUGGUGGGAGUCUGGUGGCGGCCCUGCAGAACUAUGGUCCAGAGUACCUGGCCUAUUUUGGCUCCUUCGCUACCGUGGCUCUCCUCUGGUUCGUCCAUCACUCUCUCUUCCUUCACGUCACCAGGACCACUCGUUUCAUGGGCCUCCUCAACACCUUCUCUCUGGCCUUCGUAGGGGGCCUGCCCUUGGCCUACCAGCUGACCCACGAGUUCCCCCGUAACUCCCGCAACGAGCUGGAGGCCAUCCAGAUCAGCUGCGUCAUCAUCUUCUUUGCCGGCGUCUUCCAGCUCGCCAUCUGGGUGGCGGCGUUGUUCAGCGAACGCGAGACGCUACACCCUUAUGUGCGUUACGGCGGCCGCGARCACGCCUUCAUGUUGGCCAAGCUGGCGCUGUACCCGUGCGUUGCCCUGGGAACCUUCUUCCUCACCUGUAUUCUCAGUAAGUUCAGCGCGUCUAUUUUCCACCUGAUGGAGAUUACGGUGCCGUUUGCUUUCCUGUUGCUGAGGCUGCUGGUCAGAGGCGGGCUGGCGCUGCUGCGCCUCAUAUUCUGCCCCGAUGGGCCGGAGACGAGGAGUGCUCUGGAGGAAGAGGAGGAAGAGGAGGCUAGGAUGCCCUUCAAUACCAUGAUCACUUAGUGGUUGUCAUCUAGCUAGAUGGUCAGUUUGCUCUGGGUCUGUAUUCACAAAUGUUGCAUAGUAGGAGUGCUGAUCUAGGCUCAGUUUUGACAUUUAUAUCAUAAUGUGUAUAUAAUGAAUAAGAUUAUAUGGACSAGUGGGUASCUGAUCCUAGAUCAGCUUUGUGAAUACAGGCUCUGGACUGGGGACGUGGUCUGUCGGACAGAUGUACAGUAGCUACAGCUCGUCUUGACCUCUGAGGUUGAUUCCAUUUGAACUGCACAUUCAGUUUGUAUUGAUGAGUAAUUUUCUUUUCAAAUUGGUUUACGUAAGUCAAGUUUAAAUGUCAAGUGAAAUGGAAUGGAAUUGGUCCCACGGUAAGCUGGUAGUUAAGGGAAAUGKCACUGAGCCAGAGAAGUGGAGAGUACAAUCAAUGUAAUUGACAGCCCUCCAUUUUUAUAAUUUAUAUCUGACUUCUUGAAUAAUGGUUUAUUGUUUACCKUUGAGAAUCUAGUCUGUUUGUGCCAACAUUAUAUUCCAAACAUGUAUGGCAUGACAAGGCACAGGGGUCGUGUUAAGAGUUCAGAAAUCUGCAUUUUAAACCAUUUCACCUGCGUUUUUAUAUUGAAAAGUCAAGUUUCUGUUGUUGUUUGCUUCAAUAGAGUGACCAGGGGCGUGCAGAUAUAGUUUUCCUUCACAGAAAAUACAUUAGUGCAACAC